AUGUGUCUUGGGGUACGACAGUCAACUCUGCUUUCGGGUCCUCUUUUACCAGAACCAACCAACUCUACUUUGGAGAAAAAAUGGAAAUCAUGGCUCUCAGGCUUCAAUACUAAACAUGUAAUUUACUGUGCAUUGGGAAGUGAAUGUCCUUUAAACAAAUCUCAAUUGCAAGAAUUAGUUCUCGGUCUUGAAGUAAAAGGUUUUCCGUUUCUUGCGGCGCUUAAGCCACCGGCUGAGUUUGAUUCGAUUGAGCAAGCGUUACCGGAAGGAUUUAAAGAAAGGGUUGAAGGAAGAGGAGUUGUGUAUGGUGGUUGGGUGCAGCAACAAUUGCUUUUGGGGCACCCUUCUAUUGGGUGCUUCAUAACACAUUCUGGAGCAGCUUCUGUAACCGAAGCGCUAGUGAGUUUGUGCCAGCUCGUGUUAUUGCUUGGGCCUUAUAGUGAUCAUGCAAUUUCUGCGAGGAAUUUGGAGAGUAGGUUGAAGGUUGGAAUUGAAGUUGUGAAGGGUGAAGAGGAUGGUUUGUUUAGCAAAGAGAGUCUGUGCAAAGCUGUUGAGAUUGUAAUGAAUGAUCAGAAUCAAGUUGGAAGACAGGUGAGAGAAAAUCAUAGCAAAAUAAGGAAUCUCUUUUUAAGCAAUGAUUUUGAGUCUUCUUGUGUUGAUGGUUUUGUUCGUGAGCUUCAUUGUUUGCUUUGAAUUUGAAGUAGUUGUUUAUGAAUAGUGUAUUAAGUCUAUUAAAUUUCCCCAAAACAUUGAGUAAACGCAACGGUAUAUAUCAAAUUUUAAUAUGUAGCAUUAAGUGACACACUUGCAUGCAUAAGAUGCCACUGUCAACUGAGU